AUGAUAUUUCCACCAACUAUUCUUGUGGCCUUUGCUGCCAGUUUGGGACAGCUAGUCUCAGCACAUCCCGAAGAGCUGUACGACAAGAGGGCGGAAAUAGAGGCGGUCGCGAGGCACCACAUCGUCGCCGAGGUCAACUCACGAGCCCUGCAAGCAUGCGCGGACCAGCCCAAGGUGAAGGCACGCAGGGCAGCGGCCGUUGCUCGGCGAGCCGCCACCUUUGAGAGGCUCCCCCCUUUCUUGCAUCGCCGCAGUGCUGCAGACUUUCGCAAGUGGGCUGCAGUGGACCACAACAAGACGGGUCUCGUCUCCUAUAACCCUUCAACACCGGCCGAGGACAUCUUCGGCGCCAACGCGUCUUGCAUCCUGACUCCUGACAACGCGAAUGGGCCGUACUUUGUGUCACAGGAAAUCAUCCGACAAAAUGUCACCGAAGGCGUCGCCGGAGUGCCGAUGCACCUCGAGAUGCAAUUCAUCGACAUCAACACGUGCGAGCCGGCAGACCUGCUCAUCGACAUCUGGUCCUGCAACACGACGGGCAAGUAUAGCGGUGUCAGCGCCCGCGGGCAGGGUGGUCUCAAGACCACCUGGCUCCGGGGGGUGCAAAAGACAGAUGCGGACGGCGUCGUCCGGUUCGACACGACCUUCCCGGGCCACUACGAAAACCGCGCCACGCACCACCACAUCAUCGCGCACGUCGGCUCGCAGGUGCUGCCCAACGGGACGUACUCGGGCGGCAAGGUGGCACACCUCUCGCAGUUCUUUUUUGACCAGGACCUGAGGGACAUGAUCGAGGCGCUGCCGCCGUACAACCAGAACAAGAUCCGCGCGACGACGAACCUGGGCGACAUGUUCACUGGGUAUGCAUCCUCGUCGGCAUACGACCCGAUGCUGAACUAUGCUGUGCUGGGAAACGACGUGUCAAAGGGGCUGUUCGCGUGGCAUGAGGUGGGCAUCAACACGAGCUCGAACUGGGACACGUAUGCGUCGCAUGCUGCGAUCUGGGCUGCGGGCGGAGGCCGAGACAAUCCCAAUUUCAAUUUCACAGGCGUAGUGUUCCCUCCACCAACCAAUGGUGGGAUGUAG